AUGUUCAACCUUCGUCGCCUUUUCGCGUCGGCCCUGUUCCUUGGGCUCGGCCUCCUCUUCCUCGCCCAGACGGCCGAGGCUGCCAAGGGUCCCAAGAUCACCCACAAGGUCUACUUCGACAUCACUCAGGGCGACCAGCCUCUCGGCCGCGUCGUCAUGGGUCUCUAUGGCAAGACUGUCCCUGAGACUACUGAGAACUUCCGCGCCCUUGCUACUGGUGAGAAGGGCUUCGGUUACGAGGGCUCUGCCUUCCACCGUGUCAUCAAGAACUUUAUGAUCCAGGGUGGUGACUUCACCAAGGGUGAUGGCACUGGUGGCAAGUCCAUCUACGGCGACCGCUUCAAGGACGAGAACUUCAAGCUCAAGCACACCAAGAAGGGUCUUCUCUCCAUGGCUAACGCUGGUCGUGACACCAACGGCUCCCAGUUCUUCAUCACCACCGUCGUCACCUCUUGGCUCGAUGGCAAGCACGUUGUCUUCGGCGAGGUCCUUGAGGGCUACGAGUUUAUCGAGAAGAUCGAGAACAGCAAGACUGGAGCGGCGGACCGACCCGUCGAGGCUGUCAAGAUCGCCAAGAGCGGCGAGCUUGAUGUCCCCCCUGAAGGCCUUGUCGGCACAUCUGAAUUCGCUGCCGAAGAGGUUGCCUCCGCUGGCUGGUCUCCUAUGCAGAAGGCUGGCCUCUUUGUCAUCUUUGCUGGUGUCCUCUUUGUUGGUCUCCGCAGCGCCCGACAGCACUCUCGAUUCUAA